UGGGCGUUUACCUUUUCAUUCUGCCCCUCGCUGGAUUGCGCCCGGCGUCAGUUACGUCAGAUCCGCGGCCAUGGCAUACAAUCAGUCCUACAACCCCGAUGCGCUGCCAGCGCAUGCAGAGCCGGAACAGGUAGCGCAAAUGCUCGGUGCCAUGCAAUCCAGCAACUCGCACCACCAGAAGCAUUCUCGCCCGUCUCCUCAUCCUUCCUCCAGCGGCGUCCCACCUCGAGUCCCCGUUUCUAGUGCCGGCAAUCCCCAUCCCCAGCGCUACGGCGCACCACCGAGUCAGCGUCCUCCCAUGGAGGCCCCGCAUGGUGGACGGUCGCCGGCAAACGUCCCUCCAGCGAGUCAACAGCAACGCCCUCACCCACUACACCCUUCUCCUCCUCCACAGAACUACGGCUUCGGGCCGCCUCCUAGCCAGCCAGUGCGCAAUCGUCCGCCGCCCGCGUCGCGUCCGCCCAACUCGCCGAACCAUGGUGCGCUGGCAGUUCCCGACGACGACCCGCAACAGCUAUUCCCCCUUUUCCGCGCUGCCAACACAUCUCAUUCGGGUACACUCACAGAGAUGGAGCUGGGCUCUGCUCUAGUGAACGGAGACUUCACAUCGUUUCACCCCAAGACCGUUAAGAUGAUGAUCCGCAUGUUCGAUCGGAACAACAGCGGGACAAUCUCAUUUGACGAGUUUGUGGCACUGUGGCGCUACCUUGCAGCGUGGCGGGAGCUGUUCGAUCGGUUCGAUCAAGACCGCAGCGGGCGCAUCAGCCUGUACGAGUUCGAGAAUGCACUGGUGGCCUUCGGGUACCGGCUGAGCCAGCCAUUUGUGACGGUGCUGUUCCGGACGUUCGAGAACAAAGGCCGGCAGAUUAACAAUGGUCCUCCGUAUGGGCCGGCGAAACAGGGCAUGAGCUUCGAUUUGUUCGUACAGGCGUGCAUUAGUCUGCGGCGCAUGACGGAUGUCUUUAAGCGGUAUGAUGAUGAUCGCGACGGCUAUAUUACGGUGAGCUUUGAGGAAUUCUUGACUGAAAUCCUCCAGCUUCAGGAUGGAUAGACUUGGUAUGGUUGAAAUGUUGGGUUCCUCCAGGGUUUCCUCCCUAAUUAUAAUUGUACAUUAUACCCUUAUUAUUUUCUCGUAACAUCUUUCUUCGCAAGCAAAACCCGGGAAAUCUACAGCGAACAAGUAUGACAUGGG